GGUGGCAAUACCCAUUCGUUCCACAAAAAAAUUGACGUUUGUUUUUUCCUUCUAUACAUUUUGAAUCAUAAUUUACUUUUUUUGUACAAAUAAAUCUAAACAAUUUUUGUCCCUUUUUUUAUUCGAGAGUACUUUUUAAAAUGGCGAAUAAAGAAAACAAGCAGAAAUCCGGGAAACACUGUUCUCAGCGGACGGAUCACAUCCCCCUAAUCAUCCCUAACGACUCGGUGGUCACGGCAUAUGCCAUAGGUCGCCUCAGUUCGGAGCCCGUUCUGGCAAAGAUUGACAUUAAGGAACUGAUAGGAAGUGGGUCCUUUGGACGGGUAUACAAAGCCCGGUUGGACGACUCUGAGGAGUUGGUGGCCGUGAAGCAGACCAUUUACAAUCCGAAGUUGUGCCAGCGGGAAGCAGAGAUAAUGGGGAGGCUAAUGGACCACAACAACAUCAUUCGGCUCAUCAUGCACUCGUGCGUGACUUUGGGUGUUCCCCCAAUGAGUUACAUAAUGCUGAUUAUGGAGUACAUGCCGAUGACCCUGCUGGACUAUAUAAACCAUCACCUGCAGCAGUUGGAGCCCGCGGAGAGGCUCAUCUAUGUGCGCAUACUCUCGUAUCAGAUCUUCAGGGGAUUGGGUUAUCUCCACUCCUUCGGCAUCUGCCACCGGGACAUCAAGCCCGAGAACCUGCUGAUGGACAACCAGAAGAUGGUGCUCAAGCUGAGUGACUUCGGCAGCGCCAAGCUCCUGGUUCCCAAUGAGCCCAGCCUGACUUAUAUUUGCUCCAGGCUGUAUCGUGCUCCCGAGCUCUUCGCCAAGUGUGAACUCUAUGGCUGCGCCGUUGACAUCUGGAGUGCUGGCUGCGUUCUGGCGGAGCUACUUAAAGGAUCCCCCCUCUUUGCGGGCCACAAGCACGAUCGAAAGCAUCUACGGGUUAUCGUCAAUCUGCUGGGUGCCGAGGGCUUGGAACGGGCUCCUGAAGUCCUUUCAAAGUGUGGGGACUUCCAGCAUCCUAGGACCAGCCGGCCCAGCUGGGACCUGCUACUGAAUGUGGCUGUGCCGCAAGACCUGUCGGAUCUGCUGAAUUCCUGUUUGGUGUACGAGUCCUCUGCUAGAAUACCGCCAAUGGUGGCUUUAGGUCACUGCUCCUACGAUGAACUGCGCAUCAUGGAGUCACUGGGGCUGCGCAUGCCCAAUCACUAUCCGCUGCCGCCUCUGUUCAACUUUACCAGCCAGGAGUUGGGUACAGAUCCAAAGCUUUGGAUAAUGCUGUUACCCCUCCAUUUAUCUCAGGCAGAGGAAGAGUUGCCUGCCGUAGCAGCCUUUGAAGAUGUAUUGGAAAUAUCAGGUCAUUAAUAAACUUCGCAGAGUUCCAUUUGGAAGGUCUUAGCCUGCAACUUAAAAUCUUAUCUUACCUAAAGUACUAG